AUGCCAUCGCAAAGUAACGGUGCUCAUGGGAGCGGACUCCUCGCCCUUGCCGAGGACAUCGUCCAACAAACUCAGCGCAUAGUCAAGUACUUGAAUUCCAACAACCUUGAGCAGCCUACCUUUGCAUCCGAUGACGCCACUCGUCCCGAGACUCUCGACUACGCCAAGCUUCAGGGCGAGCUGAAGCGAUCUUUGGAAGACCUCCAGUAUCUGGUCGAGGGCCCGAAGCGACACUUCCGGAAUCUCGCCUGUCAAGGAUACGAGCUCGCUGCAAUCUCAGUGGCCCUCGACUUUGACUUCUUCAGUAUUGUCCCUGCCGAGGGGAAGAUAUCGCUGGAAGAAUUGGCCGACCGGGCUGGUGUCGAUCUCGACAGAACUACCCGCAUCGUUCGUCUCCUUGCGACCGAGUCCAUCUUCCGGGAGCCAACGCCUGGAUAUGUCGCCCAUAAUCCCAGCUCGUACCUUUUACACAAGGACGAGGAGAUUCGUGCAACGCUGCAUUACACACUUGACGAGAUGUUCAAAGCGGCCACCGCAACCGCUGACAAUGUCAAGGUAUCACCCAAGAACUAUGAUAGUACUGUCACCCCGUUCACGACGAGACAUGGCCUUCCGAUCUUCAACUUCUACGAGAAGGAUACCCAGCGUUCCAUCCGUUUUGCCAAAGCCAUGGCAGGCUGGGCCAAAUUGAACCUCAACAUUGAUGCUCUGAAAGACUCCUUUCCAUGGGGCAAUCUGAACGGAACCGUCGUCGAUGUUGGCGGUGGCAGCGGCAAGGUCUCCAUUACUUUAGCAAAGACCUUCCCCAACCUCAAUUUCAUCGUCCAAGACUCAGCAGACAUGCACGUAGCAGGUCAAUCACUCCUCACCGACGACACUCGCGGACGCGUCACCUUCAUGCAGCACAGCUUCUUCGACCCGCAGCCUGUUGGCGAUGCCGCGGCCUUCAUUUUGCGUGCGUGUGCGCUUAACUGGUGUGAUGCCCGCGUCGUUGACAUGUUCCGCGCCCUCGUUCCGGGUCUCGAGAGCUCCAAGCCUGGCACGCCGUUGCUUAUCAACGACAUGAUCUUGCCAGAGCAGGGCGUGCUUACGCGCGACGUGGAACGUGGCAUGCGCCAGAUUGAUUUAAUCAUGCUGGUGGGCUUUGGUGAGAUAUGA